AUGGAGCCUAUCCGGGUGGAGUUAUCAGCCCCCCAAAACCCGGUUCGUGUGAAGCAGUAUCCCAUAUCUUUAGAAGGCAGGAAGGGAUUAAAGCCAGUGAUAGACAGGCUCCUGAAACAGGGCUUACUGGAACCCUGUAUGUCUCCCCAUAAUACCCCCAUUUUACCUGUAAAAAAGUCAGAUGGAACAUACAGGCUUGUACAGGAUCUGAGAGCAGUGAACCAGAGAACACAGACGAAGUUCCCUGUAGUCCCUAAUCCAUAUACCCUGGUGAGCCGCUUAUCUCCGGAAUACCAGUGGUAUAGUGUCAUAGAUUUGAAGGAUGCUUUUUGGGCCUGCCCAUUAGAUGAAGCAUCCCGAGAUUAUUUUGCUUUUGAAUGGGAGGAUCCAGAGACUGGGAGGAAGCAGCAGCUGAGAAAACUCCAGUAUGCAGAACAGGAAGUGAAAUACUUGGGACACUGGCUGACGAAAGGAGAAAAGAGGUUAGACUCAGAAAGAGUGGCAGGGAUCCUGGGUCUUAAACGUCCUCGAUCCAAGAAGGAAGUAAGACAACUGCUAGGCUUGUUGGGUUAUUGCAGACAAUGGAUUGAAGGAUACUCGGAGAAAGUUAAAUUUCUCUAUGAAAAGCUACUGGGAGAAAAAGUAACUUGGAAGAAAGAAGAUGAACAAAGGCUAGAGAAAAUGAAGACUUUGCUAAUCCAGGCACCAGUGCUUAGUUUACCAGAUCUGGAGAAACCUUUCCUCCUAUUUGUAAAUGUAAGUGAACAAACAGCAUAUGGAGUGUUAGUCCAGGACUGGGCUGGAAUGAAGAAACCUGUGGCAUACUGUUCCAAAUUAUUAGACCCUGUCAGCAGAGGAUGGCCUGCUUGUGUACAAUCCAUAGUGGCCACAGCUUUAUUAGUAGAAGAGGCUAGAAAGAUAACUUUUAAUUCUCCUCUCAAGGUAUUUACCCCACAUAAUGUAAGGGGAAUUCUACAACAAAAAGCGGAAAAGUGGUUAACAGAUAGCAGGAUGCUUAAAUAUGAGGCAAUACUCAUAGAUUCCCCUCAAUUAGAAUUAGGAGUUACGGGGGCCCAAAACCCAGCUCAGUUUUUAUUCGGGGAACCCAGCUCAAAGUUAGAGCAUGAUUGUCUUAAAGUGAUAGAACUGGAGGUGAAGGUGAGGUCUGAUUUAAAGGAUUAUGAGCUCAGAGAAGGGGAGAAAUUAUUUAUAGAUGGAUCUUCAAGAGUGAUAGGAGGACAACGAAAGUCAGGGUAUGCGAUUGUGGGAACAGACUUAGAGGUUAAGGAAUCAGGACCCCUGAGCCCUGGGUGGUCAGCUCAGGCUUGUGAAUUAUAUGCUUUAUGUAGAGCAUUGGAACUUCUAGAAGGAAAAGUGGGAACAAUAUACACAGACUCCAAAUAUGCCUUUGGAGUAGUACAUACCUUUGGAAAAAUCUGGGAAGAAAGGGGACUGGUUAACACACAAGGAAAAGGGCUAAUCCAUCAAGAACUGGUAACGAGGGUGUUGAAAGCCUUAAGGAAGCCCUUAGAGAUUGCUGUGGUCCGUGUUAAGGGACACCAAAAAGGAACUAGUUACCAAAUUCGAGGAAAUAAUUUAGCUGAUGAGGCAGCAAAACAGGCCUCCUUAGGAGAAUCACACACUAUGAUCAGUCUAUUGGAAACAGAGGUAGAAAACACGGAAGAAUUAAAAUUUACUAAGGAAGAAUUAAAGAAGAUAGAAACUAUUGGCACUUGA